UUAUCUAAAUAAGAAUUUUCCAAUUGAUAUCAGAAAUUUAAGUCCAAAAUGCUACAAAGAUUAUAUCGUAUUACAAACUGCAACAGAAUUCUUCGAAGAGUUGCUUUAUAUAAAAAUAUUCAUCCAGUAUGUAAGUGGGAAAACAACAUGCAAAUUAUUAGAAAGUUAACAAUAAUGCCACCAUUUACUGUAAUGGGAAUAUGGGGAUUUGUAAAAAGCAAUAGUGAUGACAAAACACAAAUUGCAACAAAAGAACUUCUUGCUAAAGCAGAUACGCUUUUCGAUCAGGGAAACUAUAGAAAUAUAUAUAAUCUUCUCUCAAACUAUAAGGACAGUAAGGAUGUUGAAAUCUUAUGGCGUUUAAGUAGAGCCAUUUAUAAAAUGUCUGAAAUGGCCAGUGAUGUUGAAGCACAAAAGUUAACUUAUGAGGGAUAUGAUUUGUUAUGUAAAGCUCUUGAUAUUCGAGAAGAUCACUACGCCUUGCAUAAAUGGAUAUCUAUAUUUCUUAAUAAGAAAAGUAUUUUGGAAGGUACAAAGGCACAUAUAAAAGAAUCGUAUAAUAUUAAAAAACAUAUGUUGAGAGCGUUAGAGUUAAACCCUAGUGAUGCAACGUUACUUUAUAUGCUUGGAAGUUGGUGCUACGAGGUUUCAAAUCUGACGUGGUAUCAACGAAAAAUAGCAUCUGUCGUAUUUGGAGAACCACCAACUUCGACAUUUGAAGAAGCGUUGAUGUAUCACGAGACUGCUGAAAAAACUGAUCCAAAUUUCUACAGUCACAAUUUACUAAUGCUAGGAAAGACAUAUUUGAAAUUGAAUCGUAAGGAAGACGCGAUAAAGUAUUUUAAAAAAACUGCUGAAUUUCCUGCAAAAAAUGAUGAAGAUCAGCAAGCGAAACAAGAAGCACAAAAAAUAUUAAACAAUAUUUCAAAAUAGUAGAGGUAAAUAUUAAACUACAUUUUUUAAAUGCA